AUGGCACACCACAUCAUUGUGUUUAACGCCGGCUCGUCGAGUUUGAAAUUCAAGCUCUUUGAAACUACAACCGGCAACGCAACAACCAGCAUAAAGCAAGUUGCCACUGGCUCGUGCAAAGAAAUUGGCUCUGAUAAAUCCACAUGGUCCCUCAACGACGAUACACAACAGCGCUCUAUCGCAUCCCACGAGGACGCUUUGACCCUUAUUAUCGACGAAUUGAAAGCGAACCAGCUGAUAUCAGCUAAUAAUAACCCAAAACCCUCCUCCUCCUCGUCGACGACCUUGCGUGUGGGUCAUCGGGUAGUGCAUGGCGGCGAUCGUCGUGAUCCUGUCAAGGUGACGUCUGAAACACUGGAACAAUUGGAAGAGUUGACCAAGUUGGCGCCAUUGCAUAACCAUCGCGCAGUGGUUGUCAUGCGUGCCAGCUUGGACCGGAUCGAGGGCGCUGAUAAUUACGCCUAUUUCGAUACCAUGUUUCAUGCCACUCUGCCAGAAUUCAUCUACACCUACCCCCUGCCGCGUGAGAAGGCUUUCAAAUGCUCCAUCCGCAAAUGGGGGUUCCAUGGGCUUUCGCAUGAAUUUGUCGCUAAUGCAGCAGCGCGACACUUGCAAAAGCCCCUCAAAGACUUGAAAUUGGUGACAUUGCAUCUCGGCAACGGAAGUAGCGCGUGCGCUAUCAAGUUUGGCAAGAGCUUUGAUACGUCCAUGGGGCUGACUCCUGUGUCAGGUUUACCCGCCAGCACACGAUCUGGUGACAUUGACCCUUCCGCCGUAUUCCAUCUGGUAUCAGAUCCAUCCGAGCCCAAAGAUGCGUCAGGAGGCGCUGGUGUUGAGCUUUCCAAAGCCGAGCAUGUCUUGAACAAAGAGAGCGGCUUCAAGGGUCUCUGUGGCAUUUCCCAUGUAGGCGAGCUCGUCAAGCAAGCUCAAGAAAAGAGCAGCCGCGAAGCGCAGCUAUCCCUCGACAUCCUUUAUAAUCGAAUUCAGAACUUUGUGGGCGCUUAUUUUGUAGCCCUUGAAGGCGGUGUUGAUGCCAUUGUCUUUACGGGUGGAAUUGGUGAAGCAUCGCCUCAAGUGCGUCAAGGCGUUACGGACAAACUGCAAUGUCUCGGAUGUAAGAUUGACAAGGACAAGAAUAAUAAGACCGAUGCGUCUUACAGCAGCAGCAACGGCAGCAACGGAGUAGUGGAUAUUUCGGAACCGAAUACGGCCAUCAAGACGUUGGUUAUCGAAACGAACGAAGAGCUCCGUAUUGCGGAAAUGAUGAUGGAGCAAGAAGAAGAAGGAUAA